AUGAGACUAUUCCAGGCAGUGAAGAAAGAUUGCUUGACCCAUUUAAAAGAUGUAGUUGUGUUUUCCUCUUUAGGACCAGAAUUUGUACCUUCUCUGAUAUCUGGAGCUGAUUUAGAUGGUGACCAUUUUUACAUUUUCUGGGAUUCUGAGCUUGUGGAGAAUAUACAAUGUGUUGAUGAAAAGGAACCAUCAUCCAUAUUAUCGAAUACACCAGUCAAUAAUAACUCAUUGAAUACUUACAAUUGGAGCUGUCUCUAUACAAACAUUCCAACUUUUUCAGAAGAUGUUAUCGACAAUGUUGGUUUAGAGGAUGAAUUUGAUAAUUAUGAAAUAGCCAUUAAGAAGUCGUAUCAAAAAUUGCUAUUAGCUCUUGACACUUUCAAAUAUUGCUCCUUCUCUCACUUACUUGAAUUGAGAAGAAUUUUUGUUGAUUACUUUGCAAUUAAUUGGGCAAACAAUAAUGAAUAUUACAAUAUCAUGUAUCAAAUCGCAAAUGCCAUUACCUGCACCAUAGACGCUCCAAAACAUGGACAGUGGAAAGAAUGGAAAGACUUUCUGCCAAUCAUAUCAAAUAUUCCAAAAAGCCCACAUUAUUUACUUACAGGGAAUUGUACUAUUUCACAUUCGAUAUUUGGUAAAAAUGUAAAGAUUGAAUGCAAUUAUGAUGGAAAUGGUGGCGAAGCUUUUUACCUACUAUUCGAAAAUUGCCUUAAGAAAUAUGAUUUAGAAACGUAUGACCCUAUUUGGACAUCUCCAACUCUUGAAAAUCCAAUUGCAAUAGAUAUUCAUGAUGACACCAAGGACUACAGAAAUAAUUUAAUCAGUAUUGGAUCAAGCAUCAAAUCAAAUUGA